UGUUAAGAGGGACGGAAUGCAAAGAGGAUAUAUAAAUAUAAUCUUUCCUUUAUCCACACUCUACGUUCUACUCAUCAUUUCAUCUCACUAUUUUUUUCUCUUUAUUAUCAUCAUCAUUCUCCAUACUUGCUUUCAGUCGGUGGCUGGCCAAUGGCCAUGAAACCCAAAAGAAAAUCCCAUUCUUCCUCCUUUUCAUCCUCAACAGUCACCUACACAUUCAAAAAUGACACAUCUACCCUUCCUCAAUCCAUCAAAACCCCAGAUCAUCCACCCAUCCCCAUCACCGUCCAUUUCCAUGAUCACUCUUCAGCAGCUGCUAAGAUACAGGCAGCCUACCGUUCCUAUGUAGUCCGCUCCUUAGUGAAAAAGAUCGCCGCCGUUGAAACCGAGAUAGACAAACUUGAGAAGCUGAUCCAACGGCAGGAAACAGUAGAUGCAGUGAGGAGUAAUGAAAAGGAGAAACUGAGAAUCAAUGAAGCUUUAAUGGUUCAGUUAUUGAAAUUAGAUUCAAUUCCUGGGUCUGAUCAUGGUGUAAGGAUGAUGAGGAAGCAUAUGAGCCGUAGGAUUGUAGGGUUGCAAGAAGUAAUGGAUGGGAUUUGUUAUGAUGAAAGAGGAAUGGAGGGUUGGGAUGUGUGGAGAGAUUGGGAUGAAGGGUUUAGUGGGAUAGAAGAAAGAGUAUGUAGAGAAAGAGGUGGGGAAGAAUUGGAAAGGUUUUGUGCUCUUCAUUUGGGAUUUCGAUGUUUCGAGAGGUUUUUGCGUGAUUCUUGAUUCAAUACAACAAUUUUUAACCAUUUGAGAUGAUAAUUUAACCUUCCAUGAUAUGUAAAUAACAUUGUAUUUUAUUUUAUUAUUAUUAUUAAGUAUUAUUGAGAUUAAGAUUUUGAUAUAAUUGGUUUUUAAUGAUGUAAAUCUACAACUUAAGCAUGAAACUUUCUUUACAUUGAAGAUGUAUGUAUCAUUUUAAAUAGUAUAAUAUAUAAUAAUAUAUCUUUGUUUUUGUAAGAAU